UGUUAAUAAAACUCGGAUUAGAAAAAAAACUGAAGAAGAACUGAGGUUGAAAGUGCACGCACAGACAAGGCACGCGCGCGCUGGAAUCUUGGCCCGUGCUCACAUCAGUUAGCUCGUUAUCCCUCAACCACCUCACCUGCUACAGAGCCUGGGCAGUGAUGAGAGUUACCUCCUCCGCCGCGCGGCAACUCCGUGUCGCUCACAUCCUCUCGUCAGGUCCUGGCGGCAGCAGUUGUCUCCCCCUGUGCAAGCCAGUGCGCGUGUGCAGGAUGCGGCGCUGCAGCUCUCAGUAGCCCUAUAACCCUUUGUUGCACGUGCUGCAACAUCAUCAUCACAGCAUCAGCAGCAGCGACGGUGCAGCAGUGAGAGAUGUACUUUUUCAGCUGCUCACUUGUUCUGUGUGUCUGGCUGUCUGGAUGGUCGUCAGUCCACAAGGACCUGAGCAACUGACUGUGUGAUGUCACUGCUGACUGUGUAGCAUCCCGGACACAUUCGUGGAGUAUCUGACCGACGACACCAUCACGAUGAGACGGUGCUUGCUUGGAGCGACCAAUAGGAUGAAUAAAGUGCAUGUCGAUGAAAGCGAACCUGUUGGAGGCGACGACCUCCCGUUCGAGAAGCGAGAUGUCAGGUUACGGAAGGACAAGUGGGUAACGGACCUGUACACCGUCAGCCAUCUUCUUGGCAAAGGCAAGUUCGGAGAGGUGAAGCAAUGCCGAGAGCGACGAACCGGACGACAGUUGGCUGCCAAGUUCGUCGACAUCAACUGCCCUCAGGACCGCACGGACAUCGUCAACGAGGUGGAGAUCAUGAAUGGCCUGCAACAUCCGCGCCUACUGCAGCUGUACGACGCCUUCGAGAACCGGAACUCAGUCUGCCUCGUCACCGAGCUGGUGCAGGGUGGCGAGCUGUUUGAACGCGUCAUCAACGACGACUUCAUCCUGACGGAGAAAGCGUGCGUGAUGUUCAUGCGGCAGAUCUGCGAGGGCGUGGCCUUCAUGCACCACCAGCGCAUACUGCACCUCGACAUCAAGCCGGAAAAUAUUCUUUGUCUCACGCGGGAGGGAAAUCGCAUCAAGAUCAUUGACUUCGGCCUGGCCCGGAAGUACACCCCCAGGGAGGACCUGCGCGUGCUCUUUGGCACACCCGAGUUUGUCGCGCCGGAAGUGGUGAACUUUGACCCUAUCCCCGCAACAGACUUGUGGAGUGUCGGCGUUGUGUGUUAUGUUUUACUGUCGGGCUUAUCUCCCUUCCUGGGUGAAACGGAACAGGAAACGCUGUCCAACGUCACCUCAGCUAAGUGGGACUUCAACGCUGAAGAGUUCGACAACAUCUCUAGCGAUGCCAAGGACUUCAUCACCAGGCUGCUGGUCAGGCUCCCCAAGCAGCGGAUGUCGGCCACCGACUGUCUGGAGCAUCUUUGGCUCAGGAGAUCCGUUAAGAGAGAAGGGCGCUUACCUGAGCGAUCUCUGUCCAAAAAACGGUUACGAAAAUUUGUGUACAGGCGAAAAUGGCAGAAAGCCAUCAACGCCAUGCUUGCGUUGAGAAGAAUGGGAGUGACACUGACUUAGUCUUCUCUCCUUUGAGCAGCCCGUUGACAUCCACUUCAAUGACAGGAGAGGGGAAGGAACUGCUGCUGACCUUGCUUGGAUGGUGGAUUGUACGUACGCUGCGUGACGUCCGUGACGUCGUUGGUGUGUGACCGAUGACCAGACUGUGGAAUCGCCGUUGGUCUGGUGCCGUUACCGUUUCUGAUGAGCAGCAAUACCGAUUCAUCAGCAGUUGGCAGUAUUUGUUGGCCACCAAUGUUCCACCACAGUGACUUCUGAGUCGUCAACUAGUACCAGCGCAUCUUCCUUUACUCUUCUACGAGAGUGCUCACUGCACGUGCGGUGUGUCCCUGGGUCAGUAGGUCAGGUCGUGUGUACGUCCACGGAUUUCGAGGUCACAUCGGACUAUUUGAUGAUCGCGGGUAGUUGUCUUCCUUAAAGACAAAACUUCAAGGAAGCCUCUAGAAAGACUUGGAAAGACGUAUCACAGUGCGCCAAGCUGUUGUGGAGAAAGAUGUGAGGUAGCAGACAAUGUGUGGUGCUGUUGUUGGCAAAUCCCGUUAAGCGAGAGUCUGACGAGAGUUGUGCUGCUGAGACGUCUAGUCUGUGAAAAGGGAGAUCACCCAGACUGAUCAGUGUUUCUCAGCUGCUGUGCUCGUCCACAGAAACAAACAAACAAACAAACAUUUUACGUAAAUAUUCUAGCAAACACACACCCAGACAUGAAAAUACGAAAUACGUAAAUACGUGCAGUAAUGAUCCCUCCUACAUGAUUGUCUCCUCCUGCGGUCCUCCUCACUGGUGUGGACCUUCAAACUGAUUAUUUGCUCCCUUUGUGACCUAUCAAAAUGAAUGCAUAGCUUUGUAAGUUUGAUUGGGGUGUGUAUGUUAUAGAAGAUUGUUGUGAUCAACCAUUUUGUCAUUGAAAUCGUCUUUCCUCAUUUGCUUUUGGUCUCCAUCUGUUCUCUCUUCCUUCCCUCAUUGUGUGUGGGCGCGCUUGUCUGUGUGUUUGUCUACUUAUGUGCGCGAAAGGUUGAUUGCAAUAUAUUAUUAUUUGUCUAUAUGUAUAUAAGAAAUACUUAUUUCGACUUCUGUUUCCUCAGUUGCACAGUGUGUGAUGACCAAGUUAUGACCAUAUGCAGGUCGAGUCCUGUUGUGGAUGUGUUUAUUGACCGCUGUGUCUGUGGUGUUCAUUUCCAUGGCAACAUUUCUAUUCUCCUUAGCUCAGAUUACAUCCCAGUCACUCACUGACCACUGACACUCAUUCGUCCGUCGUCCUUGAUGACACGAUCAUGACCGAAACAUUGGAGAAUCGAAUCACUCGUUUCUUUUGGUUCUCAUCAACAAUCAUCAUAAAAGCAUUAUGCUUUUCAGAAAAAAAUUAUUUUUAUCAUUUGAGAAAUAAAAGGACAAAAAAACCAACAACCCCAAAACAAAAGCAAAAAAAAAAAAACCGAAACAAAAUGAUGUAGAGAGCUAAGAAGGAAGGCGAGCAAAAUAAAGAAAGAAAAAAAAAGGAAAGAUCUAUUUAAUGUAAACCAAAUUCAUUUAUAUAUAUAAGCAAUUAUUUGUUGAUCACAGACCUCUCUCCAUGAAAUAAAGAGAAAUAUGCUGACAACGAUGUCUAAGAAAUAGUGUCUCGCGAGCAAACAAGUAAAUAAAAUAAAAUGGCAAACUUCAAAAUAACGGACUCUUUGGACGAAAAUGAAAAAAGUGAGAUCAGUUAUGUCUGCUCUCUUAUCAGCAUAAUUUUACAAUUAUGAGAAUGAUGAUGAUGCUGGUUUCUAUAAGUGGAGAGGUGUGUGUGUGUGAGGGGGGGGGGCAACCUUUCAUUUGUAUACAAAACUCAGACAGCAUACAAACACCGCUCAGUACAGAGCGUGCUGGCACUCUCCGCCACGCGCAGACCCUCGGGAAGUUUGUUGAUGCAGCUGCAUCCUCACCACAUUCUUGUGGAGGCUUCCAUUCACUUCUCUCUCGACUCAUUUUGUUUCCUACCCCUCCCCCUCCCCCAAAUCCCAUAUUAACUUGAUUGACCCUUUGCCCGCUACAACUGACCCACGAACCCUACUGAGUGACUGUCCCUCUCUUCCAGGUUUUUAUCCUGUCACGUGUAUCUUCUGCGUGUGCAGUGACAUGCAACCUCCACGGCUGCUGCAGGCACUCGGCGCACCUUAUUUAUUUCAUGUAACCAACACACUGUCAUUGCAAUAACAAGAUGACCGUGGGACUGGCACGCGUAUGAACUAAACUUGUCUCCUGGCUGUUUACUCUGUUGGCGCCGUGGCCCCUUGGCAUUCACACAGACAUGAACACGCAGCACUCUUCAUGCGUCACGUGAUUAAAAUAAAGUGUUCGGUUAUUUGUUGUAUCGUCACGUGAUAAAAUGAUGGGUUUUUUGUUGUUUAUUUUUAACAGAUGUACACUUUAUUUCUUUGAUUACGCGACCUUAACCUAUUAUUGACAAAGUUUACUCCUUCCGAAGUUUGUUUCGAUGGUUGUUGAUUGUUUAUUCCCGCUGUACUCAGCUUGAAGAAAGUGGGGGAGAGUGCGUGACAGCCGUUGUAGCUUUGGCUGGUGUCGAAUGGCGCUAACAAACCCGUCUUUUAUGUAUUCCCUCCUCUUUAUCUAUAAACAUUUACAUGGUUUGUCCAAGCAUGCCAGGUGCUUAAAGGAAGAGAACUCUUGCAAGUGCCUCGUGCAUGGGUUAUCGCCCUUUAGCGUAUACAUGUAGUUAGUCGCAUGUCUGUUGGCUCUCCGACUGACUCCAGUAUUUCAUUAGAAGAAUAACAUAUUUUCAUAGGUUUCUACAUUUCUAGUUCCUUCUUAUACGAUAUUUUUUCUCGUUAAAAACAUUAUUUUCUUGUACAUUUUUAAUACGAGGUGACAUUUUGAUUGCGAAGUGAACAAACACUUCUGCUGUGUUACUGUGCGCACAAUUUGUUCAUAGAUGUAGUCAACGUGUGGCAUAACAUUUUGAUUUCAUGAAGAAAUAUCUGUUGCGGAUUUGUAAAAUACCUGUAAAUUACUUUUCUCUUUUGAUCUUAUACUCUGUAAAUUGGCUGUCUUCUGGUGAAUGAAAUGAGGCACGUGUGUUGUUCACUUCUCGUGUCCCUCUCCCCCCAUUUCAAUAUUAGGAUACGGUGUAUUGAGUGUUGCAAUCCCCUGUCGUACUCCAGUACUUGAUGAUCAUUUGGGACUUGGGAGGGGCUACAUGCACUUCAUAUCUUCUUGCCAAACAUGAAACCUCCUUGGUAUAAACAGGAAUGUGUCUAUAACUGUAGACUAGCGCGUCCUACACACACACACAUACACACAAGUAAUUAAUUCCCACCCCCUCCUUGUUUCUUAGUGUCAGAAGUAACUUCCCUUACUUUCUCCAAUAUUGUUACCUUCUCUUAACAAACAGUCGAACACCUCACGUGACCAAAAAGCGUCGAGGAUGACUUGCAAAUGGUUCUGUUCUAGUGAUCGCAUCUUCAUAUAUCUAAAAAGAAAUGUAAAGCUUUGUUUGUAUUUUCUUGGUGCAAUAGUUAAGGAAGUUUCUUUCAGUAAAAUAGCUAAAAGACUUCUUGCGUUGUAAGUUUUUGUCCGUUUAUUCAUGCCUGAAGUAGCCCCAGUCAUUCCAAAGCGUCCCCAUCCUUCCAUCUUAGCCCGUUGUCCCCCAUUAUCGGUUUCCAUUGAAGAAACGCGUGUGACCGUGUCUGUAUCGAUGUAAAGCGUUGGUGAAGUAAACUGACCUGAAAUAAAAUUAUAAUAUGUCGUGAUUAAAAA